GCCGAGUAUGGGCGAGAGAGCGCAAAAGUUGAGGAGAAAACGACGCUGGGUCUCCUAGGCACUAGCGACAGUGAGGCGAGACUUGGGCGUUGGUGUGCAGGCGAGGCUUGGGCGUUGGUGCUAGGGUGUGUGGACGAGGACAAAGAUGCAAAAGGGAGAGGGAUAGGGCGAGGGCGUGCUGGCAAGGGAGCACGUGCUAGGGCGUUGGUGUUGGGUGCGGCUGUUGGCGUUGGGCGUUGUGGCUGUUGGGUGCCUGGGUGUCUGGCU